UCCUGCAAUGGUUUCCUUGCUCCAGGAUCAAGCCAGGAUCAAGUUUCCUUCUCUGGAUCCCCUGGAGAGCAACCCACGUGGAAACGCCAUGCAGGCCUGCGAAGAGACCGUGUCCCCUGCCCAGCAGGCGCAUCCGGGCUUCCACCGCCAGCCCCGCGACGGACACGGCCGGGCGGACCGAAGCCCUCCUGGAUCCCCGCGCAGUUCCGCCGCCUCCCCGCCCUGCCCGGAGCAGCUCUUCGCCCGCUUCCCCGCCGGCCAGCACCUUCCCCGGGAGACGGCCGCCUACGAGGUGCCGCCGCCGGCCGAGCCCCCCCGCCGCUCCGCCUACGAGGACGGGGGCGCCGCGCCCUGCGGCCGCUUCCCCGGGGGCGCCCGGCGGAGCCCCUUCCACCCCUACCAGCGGCCGGGGCCGGCGGAGCCCUUCCCCGAGGCGCGGCUGGCCCUGGCGAGGGAGGCCGGCCAGCCCUUCCCGGCCGGCGCGGCCCAGGACGCCUUCGACGGCUUUCCCGCCCAGCUGCCCCACCUGGGCCCCGAUCCGGCCUGGAGCAGCGGGACGCCGCACAGCAGCCUCGGGCAGGAGCCCCACCUGCCGCCGGCCCAGGAGGCCCAUGCCAGGCUGAAAACAGCCCCCCUGGAGGAGCAGCCCGGCCCCUACUGCUGCCAGCCCCACGGACCCCCAGGGUACUGCACCUCCCACCCCUUCCACCAGUAUCUCGCCAGCAACGCCCUUCCGCUCCCCUUCCUCUCGGCUCCCCACCACCCCUACCAGAGGAUGGGGCUGCCAGGACCUCCACAGCCACCACCACCACCCCUCUUUCCAAAGCCCAUCUACUCUUACAGCAUCCUCAUAUUUAUGGCCCUCAAGAACAGCAAAACCGGGAGUCUACCUGUCAGCGAGAUUUACAACUUCAUGACCGACCACUUCCCUUACUUCAAGACGGCUCCCGAUGGUUGGAAAAACUCGGUCCGGCACAACCUGUCCCUGAACAAAUGCUUUGAGAAAGUGGAGAACAAGAUGGGCAGCUCCUCGCGGAAGGGCUGCCUGUGGGCCCUCAACCCGGCCAAGAUUGACAAGAUGCAGGAGGAGCUCCAGAAGUGGAAAAGAAAGGAUCCCGUGGCUGUCCGGAAAAGCAUGGCCAAGCCAG